AUGAGCUUUAGGAGACCAAAUUCCUCAGUCUUACUACUUCUCUUUGAUAAAUUUAUCACUUUAACUUUUUAGUUAACAAUUCUUAUUUCUUUCUAAAAUGUGUUAGAUUCAUACUCAUUUUGGUUACAAUCCUCUUCUACCCUUAAUUAAUCAAUUAGUAUAUUUAAUUCACAACUUCAACUUUUUAUCUCAAAAUUUAUAAAUCAUUCUUAGAAGUCAUUUAGAGUAUUAUUGAUCUAAAUGCUAACUAAAUCUAAUUUAAAUUGCAUAUUAGGCUUUUCAAAAGUUCUUCUAAUAAGGUUAAUGUAUUUCUCAAUCUAAUUUUUUACUUUUUAUUGUUUUAUUUAUUUUCUUAAUUUUCUAUCUGAUCACCCUUCUUCAUUCUUCUUCGUUAAUUUUUCUAUCAUUUUCUCAAUCAUCUCUAGCCAUACUUAACUUUCAUCAAGGCUUUAAAACAAUUCGUAGUUCUCCCAAGCCAAAUUCUUCGCUUAGAUUUCCAAUUUAACCGUUUUUAACUUUGUUCAGUAGUUAUUUACACAUGGAUAUUAUGAUUAUACUAUAAGCAAUAACAGCAGAAAUAGCACUUGCUUUUCUUUUCUAUUGUUUCGCCUCAAUCCUGGCGAUUUUGGUGGAUUUUGGAAUUCGCUUAAAUAUUACUAAAUUGCAUCAAUUGCAAUUAUUAUUUUUUUUCUCAUGAUUUCCAAUGAUGAAUAUACUAUGACCAUCAAACAUGUAAAAUAUUCAUUUCAUUUUAAUUAACCUUUGGGUGAAACUACUUUGUUCUUUACCUAGUAAAUUCAAAUUAUAUGCAAAUGA